AUGGCCGAAGCUACAAAAAUUGCUCUGGUGACCGGUGCGUCGUCCGGGAUUGGUUACGAACUCACCAGACAAUUGGCUGGAAAGGGCUACAAGGUUUAUGCUGCUGCAAGACGUGUGAACCGUAUUGCACCUUUGGAAAAAGAGUUUCCAGGACUGGUCACAGCUCUGGAGCUGGAUGUUGCAGACCAUUCCCAGAUUCUGGCCCUCAAAGACCGUUUUCAAUUAGAACUACCUUCCCAGAAAUUGGACAUCCUGUACAACAAUGCUGGACAGAGUUGCACCUUUCCAGCAACCGACGUGACCAACGAUAUUUUAGAACAAGCCUUCAGAGUCAACGUUUUUGGGCCCAUCAAUCUAUGUCGCGAGUUACUACCUUUUGUGAUUAACGCUCGCGGAACAGUGCUUUUCACAGGUUCGAUUGCUGGUUUACUAUGUUUCCCGUUCGGAUCCGUCUACAGUGCCACGAAGGGAGCUAUCCAAAGCUAUGCGAAGGGGUUGCAUGUUGAAAUGAAGCCAUUUGGCGUUAGGGUCAUCAAUGUAGUCACAGGAGGCGUGUUAACGGAUAUCGCUGACAGUCGGCCCUUGCCCGAAGACUCGAUUUACAAUAUCCCAGAAGCUGCAGAUGCUUUAGAGGCUCGUAGAUCCAUUGCAAAAAGUAAUCGUCCCGAGAGUGUAUCCAAGUACGUGGCUGAAGUACUCAGAGACAUUGAUAGUUCAAAAGAUCCCAUCGAGGUGUACCACGGUUCAUAUGCAAGUAUCGUCCAGUACUUCACACGCUAUAUUCCUUAUUGGAUCGUGGAAUUCAUGUUAGAACGCAAAUUCAAGCUGGCCGGCAUGAAAGAAGCGCUGGCCAAAUCCAAGCGCGAGUGA